GGCCGUCAUGUGCCGCUAGUAGCCAUUGGGAUACCUGAAGGUCGCCAGCCACCGCACGCUGGGAGGGACCGACAAGCCAACGUUGGAAGCCUUCUGGACCCAGGGCUGGCUGGCUGGGUCUACUCCAUACUCCGCCUAUCGUCCAGCGGAAAGGGGGCGGAUCGCCACCAGCACCAGUACUGAGCCAGUCGCUUCCUAAAGGCCGUCUCCGUUGUUGCAUUGAGCUCCCUGUUCCCACCGCUCCCACUCCUCACUUAUUUGCUUAAAGACGCACGACGACAAGCUUCUACGUCUGCGCGCCGCGCGACCUCUGACAACUGCGACCUCGCUGCUAUCCACCACCCUCGACGACACAACCGAUUCCUCCAGUCGAUCGCCCUCGUGGCAGCACCGCAAACAUGGCACAGGCAGCUGGGUCCUACAACAACCCGCUCAAGAAGUUCAAGCUGGUCUUCUUGGGCGAACAGAGCGUUGGCAAGACGUCUCUGAUCACACGUUUCAUGUACGACUCGUUCGACAACAUGUACCAGGCCACAAUCGGCAUCGAUUUCCUCUCUAAGACCAUGUACCUGGAGGACCGCACCGUGCGCCUGCAGCUAUGGGAUACGGCCGGCCAGGAGCGCUUCCGUAGUCUGAUUCCUAGUUAUAUUCGAGACUCGAGUGUCGCCGUCGUUGUAUACGAUAUUUCAAAUGCCAAGUCGUUCCAGAACACACGGAAAUGGAUAGACGACGUGCGCGCCGAGCGCGGAAACGACGUCAUCAUCGUGCUCGUCGGCAACAAGACGGAUCUCAACGACAAGCGCGAGGUCACGACGCAGCAGGGAGAGGAUGAGGCCAAGAAGAACAACCUCAUGUUUGUCGAGACGAGCGCGAAGCUCGGCCACAACGUCAAGAACCUGUUUCGGAGGAUAGCGCAGGCCCUGCCGGGUAUGGAGGGCACCGACACGGCGUCCCAGGUCACCUCGCAGAUGAUCGACGUCAAGACGACUCCACAAAACACCCAGCAAGACGGCUGCUCGUGCUAAACAUGACGACCAUUUUGGAUCGCUGGAAUCAGGUCGGAAGCCGGGGCGGCGUGCGGCAGGCUGGCGGGACGCCUCUUUACGUGUCAUGAGACGAAGACAAAAAUGUGUUGGCGGGCACUGAGGUCCUUCUUCUGGGGCAUGCCGAACAGAUAACGAAAUCCACAUAGUAAUACGCCCUCCCGAGCACCACAUGCAGAUAUGAUGUGGGCUUUCAGAGUGGCACAAUCACGAAUCAUACAGCUUGUUGGUGUACA